AUGUCGGAGGACUUUAGCGAUAUUGCAGACCCCGAUGGUCAAGGGUCUACCAAGGUCGACCGGGAUCGCAGGAUUCCUCGCUUCAGCUGGACACCAGCUUAUGAAGCCACCUUCUUCCGCAGCCUAUGCGAGAGCGUCCAGCUUGGACUCCGCGAAAACAGCAGCUUCAAAGCGGAAGCCUGGGAGAGAGCAACCCUUGCCUUGUCAGAGAGCCACAACGCAUUUCCCACUAAAAGCCAUCUCAUCAACAAAAGUGACAAUGCCAGAAAACGAUUUCGAUUAUGGCGUGGGCUGCGGGAAGACCCGGAAUUUGUAUAUAAUCCAGAUACCAGGACCGUCACAGCACCGGAGGAUGCCUGGCGCCGGAGGAUAGAGAGGGAGCCUUUGUCUCGUGCUUUGCGCGGACGCCCGUUUGACCAUGAAAGCUACAUGGAAGUUUUAUAUCCUGAUGUUAUUGGAUCGGGAGGAGCACCUAAAAGGAUUAUGAAGCCCAAGAGACGCACUGACUGCCUUCCUGGGGAUGAAAACGAAGUACCAGGCACCAGUGUGCUCAAUUUGCGAGAAAAGCAGCGGGGCAAAGAAGGCAUUCUCGACGACGAAGCAUCGCCCUCGUCAUCGGGUCAGGCAGCCACUGUUUUUACUGCUUUACCAGCACGCAGCGCCAACAUCAUGUCAGAUACAGCUGCUCUUACGCCACCCGAUGAAUCAUCCAACGCUGGACGCAAGCGUAAUCUUUCAGACUCUGGGCCUCAGCAUACCAUGGAUAUCCCACGCAACCAGCCCAAUAGCCCAGGCGAACGACCGUAUCCCAUCAAUUCGCCGGAGAAGCGAGCCCGUCAAGCCAUGCAUAUGGACCUUGGGCAUAUUUCAUCUCCGGGAAUGCUCAAUUCGUCCAUCCUUCCCCUAGCUACUCCGCCAGCCAACGCCACCCCAGGCUCUCAACAGGAAACGAGCCUGCCUAGCAUCCGUCGUGCGUUUGCUGAAGAGCUCGCCGAUAGUGUGACUGGACGUGGGGCGCGCCAUUGGCGCGAAGAUGCUGUGGAUUUAUUCUUUAGAGAUUUUGCCGACGAAAGCACCGAGGUCCAGAUUGGCAUCUCACAGACAGUGCUUAGCGAUGAGCAUACAGCCAUGGUGUUCUGCAAGAUGCCCCCGAGGGUGAGAGAACACUGGGUCAGAACGCAGCGAGAUAACGUUAUUAGAAGGGCGCCAUACUAA